AUGUAUAAACCUAAAUGUACAUUUACAUUUUUGUUUCUAGCUGUAAUCAUUUCAUGUACUGGUAUUACUGAUGCUUUUGAUUGUUAUUAUUGUUCAAAUUGUUUAAAUACUCAACGAGGUGUUCGUCUUGCUGCACGUUCAGAAGACUGGUGUUAUAAAGUUGUAUGGCGAUCAGGUCCAGGAAAUCAACAGAUUGUUUCACGUGGUGCUUCAGCUGAUUGUCGACAAGAUAGUUAUAAUGAUCAAACUAUGACUAUUCCAGGAAUUUAUUCAGGCACUGCUCGAUAUUGUUGUCGAAAUCAUCUCUGUAAUUCAGUACCUACAAGUAUUCAUCAUUCAUUUUCACUUAUAGUUUUACUUCUUGGACUUGUCUUUUUUUUCUACUAA